UCAUCACAUGGAUAUUCUCACUCAGGUAUUCUCAUCACAUGGAUAUUCUCACUCAGGUAUUCUCAUCACAUGGAUAUUCUCACUCAGGUAUUCUCAUCACAUGGAUAUUCUCACUCAGGUAUUCUCAUCACAUGGAUAUUCUCACUCAGGUAUUCUCAUCACAUGGAUAUUCUCACUCAGGUAUUCUCAUCACAUGGAUAUUCUCACUCAGCGUAUCUGUGAUUGUGACGAAAGUGUACCCAGUUCAGUAUGAAAAAUCUGUUGUUCUCUGUAUUCCUGAACUCCCAAUAGGGUUCUUUAUCUCGAUGUCGAGCAUCUUCUGCGUGUCCCUGGUUCUUCUCAUCCUGGGCUUCAUUAUAGCCUUCAUCUACAUCAAGAAGAAACAGGUUCAAAUUCAUAAUUCAAGCACUGUCUCCAGAAUAGAUUAUAAGGAGUUGGAGAAAUCUACGCUUGCCAAUUUCCUGGUGACCAUCAUUCAUAUAUUGUUGUAUGUUCCUACAAUGCUUGUGAUUGGUCUUCAUGGUUGGAUCCUUCCACCAAUAGGAAUACUUCUUUGUGAUUUUGUUGUUUACUCAGAGUUUCUAAUCCACCCGACCCUGCUUCUCAUUUCAUCGGGAAAACUACGCCAGGAGAUUGGUGCAGGGUUGUACAAAGCAUUUCAGGGGAUUUGGAGCUUUUUCCGUUCUGAUAUUCCAGCUUUCUUUUCUUCUUUACACUGCUGCUUUAAAGCUAAGGUUUGUGGAUCAAGAAAACCGGUUUCUGCUGGAGACAAGAUCAGUUGGGAUCCUCUCAAACUAACUAAUACUGCGCACACCGAUGACAGGUUUAAAGUGAGGAGUACUCUGGGUGUUCAUGGAACAGAACCAAUUAUUGCUUCACCAGGCCGACUACUUCACCAGAUGAAUGCUUUAGAACCAAAAGGGGAAUCUUUGAAUAAACUGCGAGGAAACCCAACUCGAGCAAAGCUGACAAAAAGUACAAGUCUAACUGGAACUGAACAAAAUAAAGGAAGGAAAAAAAGGCUUUCACCUUUAGACAGAAAAAGAUCAAUGGCUGAUGACGAGUUUAAAGAACAGAGAGCAGACAACAGAGAAAAGCUACCAAAACAGGGACGAAAGCAUCCAAAAAGAAAGAAAAACAGUCCAAAACUAGUCCUCCAAGGGACUCUACAAGGGGAAGAAAGUCCAGAGAAGAGAAUAAAAAGUCCAAGUUCAGGAUUAUCCACUCAAACAGUUCUCACUGGACUCCCUAUUGACAAUAAACCCUUUGAUUUCUCUCCAACAGGGGUUGAGGCCUGGACGGAUAGUAACCAAGCUCCGAACCAAGACCCUGAGAAUGAUCCGGGAUCAAACAUUCAACAUGAACCCACUCCAGCUUUUUCAAUACAUCCAGAUUCAGACUCAGCCCUGACAGAGGUAGGACGCACACGGGUUCUAAACUUGACAAAUAAAGAAUCAGAAUUCUCACGAGAUUUCUCCGGGUCCAGCUUAGACGUGGUCAGACUGAUAGAUCCAGAGAAUCAAAACCAUACCGGAGGCAGAACUGGUUCGGACGGGAGAAGGUUACGAUUAAACCGAACAUACUCUCAGUAUAUUGACAGUGAUCAAGAUAUAGCGAGCUCUCUACUCACAUGUUGCCAGGAUGUUGCCUCAAGUUCAACUGGAGUUCAGUUGUUGAAACAGAAGUUGUUGUUUGACUCACUAGAUGAAGAUUCUUCGUUAGUUCGAGCUAAGAUUGGAAAAUUGAAGAAAAGAGGUUCAUUGACACUACCUCCUCUAAAACUAACUAAAACAGCAUGUUUUUCUGUUGAUUACUCCUCGCUUCCUUACUAUCCAUCUUCAUCCAACCCUCCCCAUCCACCCUCCUCUCCUACAUCAAGCAGACCAUUGAGUCAAGAUCAUCAGAAGAUAACUCCAGGACUGGAUCCAACCCUCCCCAUCUACCCUCCUCUCCUACAUCCAGCAGACCAUUGAUUCAAGAUCAUCAGAAGAUAACUCCAGGACUGGACCCAACCCUCCCCAUCUACCCUCUUCUACAUCCAGCAGACCAUUGAGUCAAGAUCAUCAGAAUAUAACUCCAGGACUGGAUCCAACCCUCCCCAUCUAUCCUCUUCUACAUCCAGCAGACCAUUGAGUCAAGAUCACCAGAAGAUAACUCCAGGACUGGAUACAACCCUCCCCAUCUACCCUCUUCUACAUCCAGCAGACCAUUGAGUCAAGAUCAUCAGAAGAUAAAUCCAGGACUGGAUCCAACCCUCCCCAUCUACCCUCCUCUCCUACAUCCAGAAGACCAUUGAGUCAAGAUCAUCAGAAGAUAAAUCCAGGACUGGAUCCAACCCUCCCCAUCUACCCUCUUCUACAUCCAGCAGACCAUUGAGUCAAGAUCAUCAGAAGAUAACUCCAUGACUGGAUCCAACCCUCCCCAUCUACCCUCCUCUCCUACAUCCAGCAGACCAUUGAGUCAAGAUCAUCAGAAGAUAACUCCAGGACUGGAUCCAAUCCGUUAUCAAAGUAUCCAACAAGCGUCAAGCUCCCUCCAACCAUGAAUAUCAUAGAAAUAUGGAAACUAAUAACUGACGUUUUAAUUCAACUCUAAGAUCUCAAAUUGUCUUAUUCAGUCUGAUUUAGUCUGAUUGAGUCUGAUAUAGUCUGAUUUAGUCUUAUUUAAUCUGAUUUAGUUUGAUUUAGUCUGAUUUAGUCUUAUUCAAUCUGAUUUAGUCUUAUUUAAUCUGAUUUAGUUUGAUUUAAUCUGAUUUAGUCUGAUUCAGUCUGAUUCAGUCUUAUGUAAUCUGAUUCAGUCUUAUUAAUCUGAUUUAGUCUUAUUUAGUCUGAUUUAAUCUGGUUUAGUCUUUGUCUGAUUUAGUCUUAUGUAGUUUGAUUCAGUCAUAUGUAGUCUGAUUCAGCCGGAUUCAGUCUUAUGUAAUCUGAUUCAGUCUUAUUUAAUCUGAUUUAGUCUUAUUUAAUCUGAUUUAGUCUGAUUCAGUCUGGUCAAGUCUGAUUCAGUCUUAUGUAGUCUGAUUCAGUCUUAUGUAGUCUGAUUAAGUCUUAUGUAGUCUGAUUCAGUCUUAUCUAGUCUGAUUCAAUCGUGUGUUGUCUGAUUCAGUCUUAUGUAGUCUGGUUUAGUCGUAUGUAGUCUGAUUCAGGCUGAUUCAGUCUUAUUUAAUCUGAUUUCAUCUGGUUUUUAAACCGGUUUUUAAGUUUUCUGUACUACAUCCAAAAAAGAGUCUGAUUCAGUCUGAUUUAGUCUGAUUUAGUCUGAUUUAGUCUGAUUUAGUCUGAUUUAGUCUGAUUUAGUCUGAUUCAGUCUGAAAUAGUCUGACUUAGUCUCAUUCAGUCUGAUUUAGUCGGAUUUAUUCUAAUUCAGUCUGAUCUAGUCUAAAGUAGUCUAAUGUAUCCUGAUUUAGACUGAUUCAGUCUGAUUUAUUCUAAAGUAGUCUAAUGUAGUCUAAUUUAGUCUGAUUUAUUCUAAAGUAGUCUAAUGUAGUCUGAUUCAGUCUGAUUUAUUCUAAAGUAGUCUGAUUUAUUCUAAAGUAGUCUAAUGUAGUCUAAUUUAGUCUGAUUUAUUCUAAAGUAGACUAAUUUAGUCUGAUUACUGUUAACUUCAGUCUCUCGGAACUUAAUCUUUUCUAACAAGAAUAAGUAUAUCUACAUACGUCCUCCUCGCUCGGACAAAGGUUUAAGGUGUGAAUCAUAUAUGUCACUCUACUACAAGAGGGUAACUUGAAAUCACGUGUUCAGUCCCUUAUAUUAUUCCAGUGUUUUUAUUAAUUUGUACAUCUACACACGCUUUUUACCUUGUUUUUCAAAAAAACGUUGAAUUUAAACAUGGUUAAAAAUUUAGAUUACUAUCGAUUGAUGGAUUAACGUAGAUCUAACAUUUGAUUUUAAAUACCACGACUUCAACUGUCUACACAGCACGGUAAAUGCCAGAAUAAAUGUUAGGUUUUAAUAAUUGAUAAGCUUUAGAAAUAUUUAUUACUGGGUAGUGGGAUAUAGCUCAGCUUGUACUAUUAAAUGUCGAGAAAUUGAGUUUUUGUAACAAACUCAAAUGUUCUUAUCCCAUUAUCUUUUCAACCUGAUGGAGUAGUAGC